GCAAAGCGCCAUCCAGUGCUGGGGGACACAGGAGCAUUUGCGCAGAUAGUCUGCGCUGCCUCUAACACACACUCACACACACGCUGCGUUUCAACAGGGGAAGUUGGUUGUUGUUUUUUUUUGCAGUCCAAUCCGCCUGCAAGUGUCUGCAAGGAGCUCUGCGACCAACCGCUGCCUACCGGACCCGUGUCAGCACCAGGGAUUCAACAUGGUGAUCAAAGUGUACAUAGCGUCGUCCUCCGGAUCCACGUCGAUUAAAAAGCAGCAGCAGGAUGUGAUGGGCUUCCUGGCGGCCAAUAAGAUCGAAUUCGAGGAGUGUGACAUCGCAGCCAACGAGGACAACAGGAAGUGGAUGAGAGGGAAUGUUCCGGAGGAGUCCAGGCCGGCCACGGGGAACCCUCUCCCCCCACAGAUAUUCAACGAAAACAAAUAUUGCGGGAACUACGAGGCCUUCUUCGAUGCCAGAGAGGACAACGCCGUGUAUGCAUUUCUGGGUUUGACUGCUCCCCCGGGCUCGAAGGAGGCCGAGGCUCUAGCGAAGAAAGAGCCGCAGUAGCAUCUUAACACCGUUUCUACCUGAGACCUAAAUCCAGAUCUGGACCCGGUCGGACCUGGAACUAAGCCAGGAUAUUUAAAAAAAAAGCAACGUUUCACUUGGCUAUUAAAUAUGUGGAUGGUUUUGAGUAUGUUUUUUUUAUUAUUCUAUGUUCAGCUGUGCCUUGUCAGCUGUAGUGAAAGGAGGUGCCAAAGCAGAGCAUUAUGGGUAUCUACAACCCGCUCUGUCGCCUCUCAUUAACCUCAGCCUGCUAAGCCUAUUGGCUUAACGACAUGUCAAUCAACCAUUAGCAUGAAAAUGUAGCUUCCUUUUUGUAAUAAGAGAAAACAUCAUCAGACACGACAAAUUGUAAGCUCUUUGGAAAAUUGUAACACAUUCAUUGUUUCUAGAUUCAUAUUUUGGCCCAAACAACAUCAUUCAUGAAAGUCAUUUGAAUCCUGGAUAGAAUCACUUCAUGGCCAAACCUGCAGCACCUUCUCUAAAAGUAAUCCAUUACAUUCUGUUCUCCAUGUUCUUAUAUAUUGUAAUAGUUUUGACAAAGUUUUUUCUACGAGAUGAUAAAUGUUGAAAAUGAUAACUCAUGCCAGAAUUACAAGUGUGCAAACAUAGAGCGAUGUAAAAAAAUGAGUGUUUUUUUUAUUUGCUAUUUUGAUUUAUAGGGGUGUUGGAUCGCUGUUUCGUUUCGCUUUAAGCAUCCUGUUUCACAACGUAAUGUUGGUAAUCCCCGUCUUACAUCCCAAAAAAAUAAAACUGCAAAUAAAACUGCAA